CGAGUGCUGCUGAAUCGUGAAGAGCGAUGGGUUUGCAAUGCGCUCCAAGACUUGAAGCCCCGCCCACCCUCCUUCCUUCUUUUGCCACCAGCAUCGUCAAGAACAGAUCACUUUGAGCAGUGCAUCGUCAAGUCAGAUCUCUUCUACGAUGCCUCGAGUACCUUACGUCUUUCCCCCCGCCGGGAGCGAUGCUGUGGCAGAUGCCAUCCGUCAGAGACGAGGGGCGAGGGGACUAACAUCUCUUGAUGGCAUGCUGCUCAACGCUCCGCCCAUCGCUCAGGGAUGGAACACACUGCUAGGAGCCGUGAGGACGGGUAGUCAGCUGGAGGGCGAUUUGCGAGAAAUCAUGAUUUUGAGGGUGGCCGCUAGAAACAAAGCAGCCUUUGAAUGGAUCCAACACGAAAAGGUGGCGCGCGAAGAGGGUGUCAGCACGGAGCAACUCAAUCGUAUUGGCGAUCUUGGCGUCCCAGCUUUGUCUUCUACCAGGCCAGGAGCUGGCUCAUUGUCGAGCAUCCAAGCUGCAAUGCUUUCAUUAGCAGACGAAAUGACGACCAAGGUGCAGGUAUCGGAUGAGACGUUCGAGGCAGCUAGAUCCGCGUUUCAAAAAGCUGGAGAGGACGAGACUGCAGCGAAUAGAAAGGUCGUCGAGGCAGUGGCUACAACCGCAGUGUACAACAUGGUCUCGCGAUUUCUAGUGGCGCUGGACAUUGAUGACAAAGCAGCUGCACCCGUGCCAGUUCCUGGUAUGGACAAUUCAUCCCCUCUCACAACAUCAGACGACACCUCUUAUCGCUACAUCGACGUCAAGACUGGAGGUGGAUGCAGGUUGGCGAGUAGCGUAAGCUUCACUAGUGUCAACGCUCCUUGGAUCAUCCUUGUCAACUCUCUGAUGACAAAUCUCACGAUGUGGAAAUGGGUCUUGCCGCACUUUCAAAAGGCAGGCUAUAACGUAAUCUCGUACGAUCAAAGAGGGCACGGAAGGUCUAGCGUUCCGGGUGAAGCAUGUACCAUGGAAAUCUUGGCUGAUGACGUCGCCGAAAUCCUCUCUGCGUACGGUAUCGACAAGGCGUACGCAGUCAUCGGCGUCAGUCAAGGUGGUGCUACAGCGCUGUCUUUUGCAGUCAGACAUCCACAAUUAGCCGAACGCGUCAUUGCAUGCGACACACAAGCCUCGACUCCUAGCGCCAAUGUUCAGGCUUGGAACGACAGGAUAGACUUGGCAAGGAGAGAGUCCAUGUCGCAUUUGGCUGAUCAGACUGUACCUCGCUGGUUUGGCGAGCAGACAAACGCAACUCUCGAGGUGAGAGACAAGCUGCAUGAACUCGUAUCCACAACGUCCGUGGACGGGUUCGAAAAGGGUGCCCGGGCACUGCAGAGCUACGAUCUGCUUCAAGCUGGUCUGCUAGAGGCGUUGGCGAAGACGAAGGCUCUGCUGAUCGCAGGAGAGCACGACGGCAAACUACCGGAGACGCUGCGAGCGCUGGCUCAGCAGGUGCGGGAGCAAGACUCGAGCGCCAACGUGCAUUUCGAGGCCAUUCCCGCGUCUGGCCACUUGCCAAUGUGCGACAAUCCGGACAAGUGGUGGGAGGUGGUAGGAGCUUGGUUGGCCAAGUAGCAGCACUAGCAGCACGAGUCGCUUUGAAAUGCAUUUAUUUGUCC